AUGAGGAUUUUCCUGGUUUGGACCCUUUUUCCAGGUGGCUGGGCAGUGACGGGCCCCGCGCAGGUGACGGCCGAGCAGGGUGGCUCGCUGGCCAUGUCCUGCAGCUACAAGCCGGGCUACGAGCUCUACCCCAAGUACUGGUGCCGCCCGAACUUCCUCUGGUUUUGCUUCAACUACAUCGCCCAAACCAACGGCUCAGAGGUGACGGUGACGCAGGGUGGGGUGUCCAUCAGGGACAACCACGCGACACGCUCAUUCACGGUGACGCUGGGCAGCGUCACGCCGAGGGAUGCAGGCUGUUACUCCUGCGGGGUGAGGAGGAGGAAGCAGUUCAACCUAUGGCACAUCACCGAGGUGAUGGUCUCUGCAGCUGUUUCAGCCGCGACCGAGGGCAGCGACGUGAGCCCGUUGGCCACCAACCCCUUGUGCCCCACAGGCUGUAGGGAGCCUCCUGUGCUGUCCCAGCCUGGCAUCAUCCACUUCCUGCUCUUCCUCAGCUUGAAGGUGCCCGUGGCGCUGGCCCUGGUGUGCGGGGCUGUCUGGGUGAGGAGCCGGCGCAGGAGCCAUGACUGGGAAAACCCGCAGCACUUCGAGGUGGCCGAGCUGCGAUGGUAUCGGCAGCGGGUCUGCGUGCGCGACUUCGAUCUGAGAUAG